GAAACCUCUCCGCGGGUGGAGGCGUGCGGCUGGCGUUGCACGCAGGCGCUACGGGGCUGGCAGGUGUGCGGCGUGUGCACCUCGAAAGUGAUGGAACUCGGCGCGAGCGCCCCCGGGUAGCGCCGGUGAGGCUGCGGGGCCUGGCCCGGGCAGCCAUGGGUCUCCUUCGCCUGCUGGUUCUGGCGAUGCUGGCGUCCAAACCCGGUGUGACCGGUGGAGCCGAGGCCGUCGGGAACGCCAGCGAGGGUCUUCUUGAAUUUUCUGUAGGGAAGUUUAGAUACUUCGAGCUCAACAGGCCCUUUCCAGAGGAUGCCAUUUUGCGUCAUAUUUCCAGCAAUGUGUCUUUUCUUAUUUUCCAAAUACACUCACAGUAUCAGAAUACAACAAUUUCUUUUUCUAAGACUCUCCUUCCCAAUACCUCAGGGACAGGCACUGACAAAGGACUGGUUUUCAUUCUUAGACCAGAGCAGAGUAUGUGCACUUUGUAUUUGCAGACUUUAGAUGCUGAGCCUGUCCAAAACAUGGCCAUUCCACUCUCCUAUUCAGAAAGAGAUCCUAUCCCUGGAGGCUGUAAUUUGGAGUUUGAUUUAGACAUUGAUCCCAACAUUUACUUGGAGUAUAAUUUCUUUGAGACAACUAUUAAAUUUGCCCCAGCAAACCUUGGCUAUGCAAGAGGCACAAAUCCUCCGCCAUGUGACAUUGGGAUGGAACGGGACUCUAGGUGGAGGUUGCUGUAUGAUGUCUAUCAGUAUUUUCUGCCUGAGAAUGACCUCACCGAAGAGGGGUUGCUGAAGCAUCUGCAGAGGAUGGCCGAGGUGCCUCAGGUGAAGGCCAAUGCUAUCAAGGUGGUUACCCUCACAGCUAAUGAUAAGACAACUGUUUCCUUCUCCUCCCUCCGAGGACAAGGUGUCAUUUAUAACGUUGUUGUUCGGGAUCCAUUUCUAAAUACAUCUGCUGCUUAUGUUCCUGCUCAUACAUAUGCUUGCAGCUUUGUGGCCGUGGAGGGUAAUUGUUCUUCCCUUGGAAGAGUGUCAACCAAAGUGUUCUUCACCCUUUUUGCCCUGCUUGGUCUCUUCAUUUGUUUCUUUGGACACAGAUUCUGGAAAACAGAAUUGUUUUUCAUAGGCUUUAUCUUCAUGGGACUCUUCUUCUACAUACUGAUUACAAGACUGACACUUGUUAAAUAUGAUGUUCGUCUGAUUCUGACAGCCGUCGCUGGAAGCGUUGGUGGGAUUUUCUUGGUAGCUGCUUGGUGGCGAUUUGGAAUCCUCCUGCUCUGCAUGCUGUGUGUUGGAUUAGUGUUGGGCUUCCUCGUCUCCUCAGUGAUGUUCUUCGCUUUCCUGGGGAACCUAAAGAUUUUUCAUGAUGAUGGUGUGUUCUGGGUGACCUUCUCCUGCAUAGCUGUCCUCAUUCCAGUAGUUUUCAUGGGCUGCUUAAGAAUACUGAACAUACUGACUUGUGGACUCAUUGGCUCCUACUCGGUGGUCUUGGCCUUUGACAGUUACUUGUACACAAGCCUUUCUCAUAUCACUCUGAAUGUACUCAAGAGAGCACUCAACAUGGAUUUCCACAGAGCUUUCACAAAUGUGCCUUUUCAAACUAAUGACUUUAUUAUCCUGGCAGUAUGGGGGAUGCUUGCUGUGAGUGGAAUCACGUUACAGAUUCGAAGAGAAAGAGGGCGACCAUUUUUUCCUCCCCACCCAUACAAGUUAUGGAAGCGAGAGAGAGAGCGCAGAGUAACAAACAUCCUGGACCCUAGCUACCACAUCCCUCCAUUGAGAGAGAGGCUUUAUGGCCGAAUAGCCCAGAUCAAAGAGCUCUUCCAGAAGGAACAGCCAGCCGGAGAGAGAACACCCCUGCUUCUGUAGAUGCCAAAGGGGGUUGGUCAUUGUGGUCUCAAAGCACUGCCCAGGCGUUGCCUCAGCUUUGGUGUGUAUGCCCAGCCUGCUGCAGCAGUCUCCGGUGCAACUCUGAUAAGAACAGAGGCGUAUGUAUGUGUGCUUUGCACAGUUUCACGGUGUCCUUAUUGAUGUGUUAUCAAAAGGUACCCUUCUUUUGUUUAAUUGUGGUAAAACACACAUUUACGAUCUCAAUCAUAAAGUAUAUAAGUUCAGUAGGCACUUUGUUUUUGUCCUUUAUUGCUUACAAUGCUAAUUUAAAUACUAAAUUAUGUACGUUAUUUGAAAAUAGGGUGAUUUACAUAGAUCAGAUAUGGAUAUAACGGCCUCGGGUUUUUUCUUUAAAGGCCUUUUAAAAUAGUGUUGACCUCUGAUCUCUAAAAUGUGUUUGAAUUUUUUUUUUUAAGGAAACCAAUUGGCACCUACCUUAAUCUGUAGUCCCUUUAGUAAGGAAACCUUUUAACAUUUGCAUUUUUUAGUUGUUUCUGCUAAAUUGGUUGUUAUUAGGAUUGAUGUAAAAAUAGUGUCAAAAAUUUUCUCUUUUGUGUGAAGACUUUGUACCAUCUGUAUUUUAGUGAUGAGGAGGGAGGGGGUCAAAAAGGAUUAAAGAAUUUAAAGGAGCUACUUUUAAUCAGGUUCUUGGAUUCUGUAAGGAAAGUUCCUUCCAUUUUGACCCUCCCCCCGCCCCGCCCCAAGCAAGCACCUCGAUGCCCUGGGCUGCGUACCCACUCCUCAUGGCAUCUGGUUCUGCCUUGGAUCGGAAGCUGGUGACUCUGACACAAUGAGUAACGGUGAGGGUAGUUGUGGUGGUUGCAUACGCAUUUGUGAGUUAACCACUAUUUAAACGAUGCUGCUUUUAAGAGUUUUUUCACAGCACGACAGAUUUUUGGAGUUUUAGGUAACGAAAAUUUUCAGCUUUUGCAUUUGUUUUGGAAAGGCUGAAACAUAAAACUAAACAUACAGAAAGCGAAAACAUACAAAGCUAAUCAUUUUUGCAUUGCAGAAUUACACACAGGUGUUUACUAUUAUGUAACCCUCACUGUUUAUAUAACUUCAGUAACACUUGAAUUUUUUUUUUAAUUACUGUAGGGAUUGUGGCUUCUGCCAUAUCUUUGUACAUUCUGACAAGUUAUAUGGAAUGUUUGGGAGUUAUUUUCUGUACCAUCAAAAUGUACUGCCACUGAAGACUGUAAAGACAGAGGACACUUUUUUGGAGGAUUGAGACAAAUUACUUAAAAAAUUUUCUUAAUUUGUGAGUCAUAAAAUGCCAGUUUGUAUCAUUUUUUUAAAUAAUAAAUACCUAUUUUGAAGAAAAAUGCUAAAAAGUCUCAUGAUUAACAGAUUUUUUUUUUCUCACCAACUGUAUUUGUACUGUAGCAGUGAAGACAUGACAGAAGUGUCAUAGCUCUCUUCUGCUGGUGGAUUGGUGACAACACAGUGAGAAGGCAGCCUUCUGCAAGAAGAGGAAAAAGGCCUCAGUGGAACCCAACCUUGAACUUGGACUUCCAGCCUCCAGAAUGUGCCUCCUCUCCAGUCCAUGUUGAGAUGCUUCAAAGAUGUGUCGAGAUGCAUCAAGGAAGAAUCCUUCGGAGCUGUUACGAUGUACCAUGUCAAUCUGUAGUAUAGAGUCAUUAUAAUGUUAAUACGGAUAUUAUCCGUAAUUUAAAAACUGAUGAGUGUUAGUUCAUGCGUGUUAGCCAACUGUUUGAAAUGUUUGUUUUUUUAAGAUUUCCAAAAAGGCAUCUGUUCAAAAAUAACGUAAAAAUGAGUAUUUGGAUAAAAAUGAGUUCUUCUCAAACCUUUUACUGAUUUUUAAAUCUGUGCUCAAAAACUUCUAAGUGAGGGAGAAAUUCUGUAUCACGGUGGUUUCAAAAUGGUCUCACGCCAAAAUGCUGUUAUGUGUAACUCUGUUAAUCUAAAUGUGUUAUAAAAUUUUUUUGUGUUUAGGCUUAUCAGAGUGUCAAUACCUAAACACAUCCUGGAAUCUUUUAUUUCUGCACCUUUAUCACACAAGUGUCUCUGCUCACCCACUUCUGCUUGUUGACACUUCCCCCCCUCUAAUAAUUAACUCAAGGCUGGAUUUAGAUGGGAUUUUUCUUCCUUUCUUGACACCUUUCCAGAUUCUCCUCAUGAGAACUAAUCUUACUUCCACUCAUAUUCCCAUAUUAAAUGAUAUCUCUAUUUUAGGAUUCAUCACAUCCUAUCUUAUAUUCAAUAUGUUUCUAUCUAUCUCCCUUUACACUGUAAGCUCCUAUGGCAAAGUAAUGGAACAUAUGUAUUUAUUCAUCUUAUGAUUAAUAACUAAGCCAGUGCAAGUGUUAAUAAAUGUUUAUUUGA